CUGUGAAACAGGAAGAGGCUAUAUUAAACUUGAGAAAGAACAUGCAAAAGAUGGAACAGUCAAAGGACGUUAAUAGAGUUAUACAUUUGGAUGAAGUUAUCCCGGUGGAUUCAGGACACAGACCAUGGGGUAAAAGACCUGUUGUCUCUAAUAGAUCACCAUUGUUUCAAAAGGCUCAGGUGGAGGCUAGGAAGAGGCGUGAAUUGUUCAAGAAUCCACUCUCGUUGAUGCCUGAGAGACAGACCAGUCCACAAAGGAUGCCGAGACGUGCCAAUGUCAACAACUUCAGUACAUCCACCAGGGUCAAGCCAGUUGUUGGAACACACAGCGAGACAGGUUGUGGUAUUAGUACCAGUAAUGGUGCACCUAUCAAUGGCCAUACGACAAGGACAAGAACACAAGUUCCUUCGAUUUUUGUACCGAAGAAAGUCACAGGUACAAGACCACAGGUAUCACCAAAGAGGCCUAUGUCUAAUGAUAGACGAAACAACGUUCCCCGUUUGAAUUCACUGGACCAUGGCAAGAAUUCACACAACCAAUGUCAAGAACAAGAUAGGGUGAAGAGGAUCAGGUUAUCGGAUUAUUUAAAGAGAAAGGGCCCAACUGCAUGAACUGAUAUAUAGGAACUAACGAUAGUAACGAAUCUAAUUGACGAAAU